AAUCAAAGAGGAGAGAGGUAAGAAAAAGACUGCUUCAGUCCCAUUAGUCCUGUCAACCUCACAGGAGUACCUUUAAACUUCUCUCUCCAACAAUGGCUUCCUUAUAACCCUCUUUAGUUCCCUUUUUUGCUAACAUUUUUGCACUAAUGGAACCACAAAAUGAUGAGUACCAUAAGAAAGAAAGGGCCACUGCAGUUACAAUAGUGGUUGUUGCCUCUCUUGCUGUUGGUUCUUUGUUUGUUGCUUUUAGCUACUAUUGCUAUAUCAGGAACAAAGUUGCCAAGCGUUUCAAGAACCGCACUUAUAAAGAGAGUGCAUGUGAGGAAAAGGGAAACAGUUUUUCCAAUCUGAAAGUCAUUGCAGAGAAGGGACUUCAGGUUUUCACAUUCAAGCAGCUGCAUUCAGCCACCGGUGGAUUUGGAAAAUCUAAUGUGAUUGGACACGGUGCUUUCGGGUCAGUGUACAGAGGAGUGCUUCAAGAUGGGAGGAAGGUUGCAAUUAAGCUGAUGGAUCAGGCUGGAAAACAAGGGGAGGAAGAAUUUAAGGUGGAGGUGGAGUUGCUAUGCCGCUUGCGCUCACCGUAUUUGCUGUCAUUGAUUGGCUAUUGUUCAGAAACCAGCCAUAAACUGCUUGUUUAUGAGUUCAUGGCAAACGGUGGUUUGCAGGAGCACUUGUAUCCAAUCAAAGGUUCUAAUAAUUUUUGUCCAAAGUUGGACUGGAAGACUCGGUUGAGAAUAGCUUUGGAGGCUGCUAAAGGUUUGGAAUAUCUCCAUGAACAUGUCAAUCCCCCAGUUAUACACAGAGACCUCAAAAGUAGCAAUAUUCUUUUGGACAAGAAUUUCCAUGCCAAAGUUUCUGACUUCGGUUUGGCCAAGCUUGGAUCUGAUAAAGCUGGUGGGCAUGUCUCUACUCGAGUUUUGGGGACACAGGGAUAUGUUGCUCCAGAAUAUGCAUUAACAGGGCACUUGACUACCAAAUCAGAUGUUUACAGUUAUGGGGUUGUCCUCCUAGAGUUAUUGACAGGCAGAGUUCCAGUUGAUAUGAAGAGAUCUCCUGGCGAAGGCGUUCUUGUUUCUUGGGCAUUGCCCCGUCUCACCGAUAGGGAAAAAGUUGUAGAGAUAAUGGAUCCAGCGCUGGAAGGUCAGUAUUCAAUGAAAGAAGUUAUUCAAGUUGCUGCUAUUGCUGCAAUGUGUGUACAACCGGAGGCUGAUUACAGGCCACUGAUGGCCGAUGUUGUGCAGUCGUUGGUUCCACUGGUGAAACAACCUCGACCAGCAGUGAAGCCUGGUAGUUGCUCUAGCUUUCACGCCACACAAUCUCCCAAGGCUUAAACUCUCCUCAAGCUAAAACGGGCAUAUCUUGAUCCUUAAUUCUACUCCCAACGUUUAUAACUAAUAGCCACUUAGUUUGUCUAUGGACUAUCUAGCUUAUGGACACCUUUCAUGAGUAACUUUAAUCUAACAAGCCAGCUGGUGUAAUCAUUUCUCCUGCUAAACCAGGUGGUGCUAAACCAGGUGGAGGAACUAUUAGUAUGUUAGAGAAUAGUUUCUGUAUGUAAUAUGUUAAAGCUCUCAUCAAAUGUGGGGAUUGUAUCUUUUCCAGAAUAAAGGUAAUCUUUGACUGGA